AUCUAGUUUCGAACAGUUGACUGUGAAGCGUCGAGUGGAAAGGUCCUAUUUACUCGUUUGGAUAUUUUUGUGUGUCAUGUUGCGAGCGUAUGUCGUUUAUCAUCAUUGCUAACAACAAAAUACCAGAGACUACGACAACGGCGGCUACAGCAAAUCUAAUCGUCGUUAACAGUAAAGAGAGAAAUACACCACUCUUUACGAAUGAGUAAGUGUGCGUGUGUGUGUUAACAAGAAGAAAAUUACAACAAUACAAGUAUAUGCAUAAGUGCAUCGAGAACAACAAACAUCGAAACAAACUGUUACAAUUUAGUGAGAAGUUAAACAGCUGCCCCAAACAACAGCCCAAAGCAUCUUCCGGGAGGGGGUGAGCGAGCGAAGUGACUUGAGUCAAAUUGAGCAAUGAUUGUGCUUUGAUUGAUUUUAGUAUGUGGUGAACUCGAAACGAGAUCGGACGUCAGUGCGCGUUAACAUUUCAAUGAAAGAGAGAAAACAACAGCACAAAGUUUAAAAAAGAAAACAAAGAUAAUAACAACAACAAAUCAAUGAUUUCAUUCACAAUUCUAAAACACAAGAGUUUAAAUCCAAACACCCAAUGAAAAUCAAAUAAACAAAGUGAUUUAUGUUUAAACAAAUUUAAUUUCACACCUAUUUUAAGAGAAAAAAAAAAACGCAGCAAAACAUUGAUUGUACAGUGACUAGUUCGCGGAUUUUUUCGUUCGAAUACUAUGCUCUGUCCGCCUACCAUGCGUCCUGCCAGUCCUGCUGAGUCGGAAAUAUCGGUUGGAGGUGCCCCCAGCCCUUUGCCCCAGGCCCACAAUCGCUCCGCCAUGGAUCUCAUUCAUCAACAACAACAGCUAAUUAUGCAUCAACAUGCUGUGGCCGCAGCAGCCGCCGGCCUCACCAGAGCGGCUGUCGGAGCAAUGCCAGAAGAAUAUUUUCAACCUCUGAAACGCUUGAGAAUGUCAGCGAGUGAAGGUGAGACCAAAGAAAGAUCUCCAAGUCCGGUGCACGAGAGUAAUCACUCCACAACGGGGGCCUCCACAAAGUCCCAUUUGGAAGGGGUGAAAAGUUUCUCCAUAGCCGACAUUUUGGGCCAUGAGAAACAACGGCGCGAAUCUUCAGCUUCUCCACCACCAGCUCCAACCAGUAAUAAGCAUCAUCACACGAACUCCUCUAGUGGUCUGUUGCAACCCCGCACCGAGCCCCUAGACCUAGUGCCGCAUCCGGCAGCGGCAGCUGCCAUGUUAUUGCCCGGUUCCGCUCAUGUUGUAAGGCCAUGGGAUCAUCUGUUGGCUCCAAUGCCCGGCGUCAGGCCCUUUAUUCCGUCUGCCCUGCUGCAUUACGAACAGCGAUUAGCCUUGGAUUAUCACCGCCAAUUGCAGGAACAUUUCAAUGCUCAGGCCCAGCUUUUGCGGCACAUGAAUGGCAUGGACAUUAUACCCUCCGAGAGUGGAAGCGAACGUUCGAGUUCGGCGGCCAGUGACUGUUGUUCACCAGAAAUAGCGAAUCGUUCUUCGACCGAGGCCCAUCAUCCCCGUCAUUCGCCCCAGGGUUCUUCGGAAAGAUCUCAACAGAACAGAGCCGGAGGAACUAAUGGUAGUUCCAGUGGCAAUGCUGCCAAUAACACAGCGGGGAAUUCUGGUGGUGGCAAUGCCGGAGCGGCGAGUAGCAGCGGCAAGCUGAAAAACGAUACACCGUUGGAUGCUCUGUUCCAAAUGACAACCAAAGAUUUUGAUGAGUCCGAUGAAAAGUCCCACAUCGAUCUUUUCUCAAAUCGGCCACAACCCAAAAAAAAGCGCAAGUCGCGCACUGCCUUUACCAAUCAUCAGAUAUUUGAGCUCGAAAAGCGUUUCCUCUAUCAAAAGUACCUGUCGCCAGCCGAUCGUGAUGAGAUCGCCUCUUCGCUUGGGCUCUCCAAUGCCCAGGUGAUCACAUGGUUCCAAAAUCGACGAGCCAAGCAAAAGCGCGACAUUGAAGAAUUAAAAAAGGACUUCGAAAGUGUCAAAGUUUUCUCCGGGCAGAAAUCAUUUCUAGAGAAUGUCAAUGAUCUCAGCAUUUUAAAAAAGAAGCCUCUACAUCCCGAUGCCGUUGUCAUGGAGGGUCUUGCUGCCGCCGCAGCAGCGGGCAUGAUGCCCGGCAUAUCAGGUCAUGCGCCACAUCCCUCAACGGCGCUGCAGGCACUAAGUCCCCAAAAAUGAGGAAAACUUGAACUGAACAAAACCCACAUUAGACGGAUAAACUAUGCUGCACAUUCGGAUCGAAGAAAUCUGAGUACAAUUGGGGGAGCAGUUAUGCCUCAAAAGCUUUAAAAGAAAAUUUCAACAAAAUUGAGUCAAAGGAAUCGUAAAAGUCCAACAGUUGCUGAAACAAAUGCAACUCCAAGGAGACUUUGCUGUCAUCAUUCCAGCAGCGGGAAGAAUGGUUUCUCAGCUCUUGCCCCCCAUUAAAGCAAAGGAGGAACUUUCUUUAUCCUUCCCGCUACACUAUCCUUCCGCCCGCAUGCACUCCUACACAUAAUCAAUUUGGCCUAUAACACAAACACCGCUGGUCCGCGUUUUGAACUGAUAACCAUUUGAUUUGUCCAUAUAUCGUGGUCUGCACUUUGUUAUUUAUUUUUAUAUAUACACACAUACAUAUUUCCCCAUGUGAAUUUUUGUUUUUUUUUUUUUUUAAUUUAGCCUAGGCAAAGAAAGCUUUCAAUUGUGUACAGAAGAGAGAUCAUAGUACUUAAUGUUGUAUAUAAUGUAAUUUAAAAUUUUAAUUUAUUUUAUUCUUUUGUUUGUUAAUAUUAAACCACUCUCCCUUCAUCCCAAUGUAAAAUAUAACACAAAUCAAGAAUCCAAUAGAUUUGUAAGUAUUAAAACAAUGCGUAUUAUUAAUUGUAUUCUAGCAUUUAAGUAAGCCUAAUUGUAUUCUAUAUUGAAAGGCGCAAAAGACGCAACAGAAACAACAAUUAAAAUCAAAUUAUAAAACAU